AUGCGGUGCUGCAGACACUCUCUCGACACGUCCUUCGGCUUACGUACGAUAGUGUUGGGAGUGAGGCCCAGCCCCGGUUUUCCAGAAAAUGCGUCGCCACCGAAGAGAGCGAGGGUUUCAACCUGGUCGCCACAAGAUCGCGAUCCAAGGCCGUUGAGCCACUUGGGUCCCGGUGAUAAUUUCUUAGACGACCUCCUCGGGUUUUUCGAGGACAGUGCGGGCGACAGUCCGCUGGGAUGGACGAAUAAGGCUGCCGUGGGCAGCAUGGCCGUGACAAAUACUUACGGCUACGGGGACCAACCACUGCUGGGUACUUUCCUCGGAACUGAACCUAACCCGGGAGAAGGUAGCCAAGUCGUGUUCCUGGACCGGUCGCUCGAGGGCACCUCCUUUGGGACUGAUCCUGACGAGGAGACCGGUGACCAGGACACCGAUGUUCAUUCGGUAGAUGAUAGCCAGAUCGUGCUCGUGGACCAAGCGCUGGAGAGUACUUCCUUUGGGACUGGUCCUGACGAGGAGACUGGUGACCAGGACACUGAUGUUCGUUCGGUAGAAGAUGAUAGACAGAUCGUGUUCGUGGACCGGUCGCUGGAGGGUGGUUCCUUUGCGCUUCCUUCGAAUAUUCUCCCGGUUGGGGACAGCGUUCGUCCGAUUGUGGCGCAUGUUCGUUCGUUUGAAAUCGCGACGGUCUCGGAGAAGAGGUUAGCGUUGAAGCCACUGUACUUGACAUGGGCGCACUCCAUCCUGAGCAGGGGCUGGGGUCACCUGGCGCCAUUUGAGGUGGAAGGUUUGUCUGUGUUUGGUCUAGCCGCUCGUGCGGAAGAGUGGGAGCGGGCUGGUCGUGAGAACGUGACAUUGAGUGCGUGUCCCUUGACAUUGUCGGUACGGGGUAAGUGGACCGAGAAGCGGUUCCGGGCAUGGUUGGAGCACGGCCAGCCGACGUCUGACUCGAUUCGGAAGCGCCGGGGCCGAUCGGUGUCGAUGGACAGGGUGGAUGAGGCGGUCAGAGACGUCGUGGAAACUUGGCCGGUUUCUGGCCCCGGUAGCAGGUCCUUCAACGGCCGCAUGAGGGCCUGGUGGUGCAAUAAGGGCGCCGAGUUUGCUCCCCCACCCGGCGUGCGUGGCGUUAGGAGCAUGGAGUUUUACCGACUCGUAAUCGAGAAGUUGGGGGGUCUCGGCGUGCCGAUUGCACAGGUGCCCAAGGCGAUGCGACGAGAAUGGAGACGGCACCGCAUCCGAGAGGCCGCGGUCCUCCACGGCUUGCCCGUUAGUGACGAUCUGCCCCCGCACCUGGUCUGUCGCUCCGGACGAAAGUUCCAAAUUGCCACUGCCGCCGAAGCCAACCUUCGCAUAGAGUCACCCUACCUGGUUUGGGCCUACGACGUCCUACACCACGGCUGGUGGGGCCUCCUCCCCCCCGCACUCCUCUGUAGCUCGCUCUCUGUCUUUGGCCUAGCCGCUGCUGCCCGCGAAUGGGUCAGAACACGAGAAGCACCCAGCACACUUAAUGCCGAUUGCUACUGCUGCACAGAGACCGGCAUCCAACAUUCCAUCAGCUCUUGCGAACGCUGCGAAGCACCCUGGAGCACAGAGGAGUUCUGGGAGUGGUUGCGCGCUAGACACCCUAGUCGAACCCUCCACCUCAGCCUCGGUCGCAAAACCCCCUCCCCCUCAAUAAAGCCUCCUCCGGUCGCAAACGUCUUCGUACUGAACACCAGAAGCGAUGUGGAAGAGACCAUCAACGCAGUUGGUUUUGACUCUCCGCGGGUGCGCGAAGACGAGAGAUCAUCUCCAUCCGUAACUAACGAAUGGGACUUUGGUGACUUCAGAUCUUUGCGCUCGGGCUUCCGGAAACGAGUCGGUCGGUGGUGGGCUGGUUUCACUAAACCCGUGAAAGAGGGCCUUGAAAGGUGGGAAUUCGAGCGGGUAAUGCUCUACCAGUUUGGCCAGAGAUUUCGGCAGAGGCCGGCCGCCACGCUGCGAGAUGUCUUGCGACGAAGUUAG